AUGGUGUUUCCUGAUCCUGAUGACCAAUCUAGAUUUCAAAAGGAGACAUUGUUUGAUGGCGAAGUUGUUAACGAUAUCGAAGAGGAUGGAACGGUGAUAGUUAGAUUGUAUGUUUUCGAUUGUCUUGUAGAUAGGACGAAAAAUUUAAUGACUAGACCACUUCAGAAAAGAUUGGGCGUAAACACACGUUCUCAAACCCCACAUGAACUGGAGGUUGAGGGAAAAUCGCAAAGAUUUGCCGUUCGAGCAUACCAUUUCGACGAAAUAUAUAAAAAUUUGCAAACUCUUAAACAUGGUAGUGACGGAUUGAUCUUCACGGCAUUGUCGGCCCCGUAUACAAUUGGAACCUGCGAAACGAUGUUAAAAUGGAAACCUCCGACGGAAAAUUCCAUUGAUUUUAAACUAAAAUGCAUUUAUCUGAAUGGAAGGCCCGAACAUCCGGAUAAGAGGCCCGAUAGAUUCGAGUUACAUAUGAACGUGGGUAAAAAGGGUUAUCGUUAUUACGACGACUUAUAUGUUGAAGAUGAGUGGGAAGAAUGGCGGGAAAAAGAAGUGAUCAUCGAUGAUCGAACCUCUAAGAGGAGAUUGAAUCUUGACGGCCGUAUAGUCGAAGUGUUCCGUGAUGAAUCAAAAAGAUGGAGGUUUUUAAGGUUUCGGGAUGACAAAUCAGACGGGAAUUAUUCUGCAAUCGUGCAAAAGAUUAUACAAAGCAUCGAGGAUGGUGUAACUAUGGAGGAGGAUUUCGUGAGAUUCCAUUCGAUCAAUCAUUGGAAGAUUUCAUAUCAAUCAUUUUCCAAGAUGUCUUUAGCUCCUGUGCAAAUUUUUCAGGAUGAGGCAACCGAAGAACGCGCUGAAAAUGCGCGACUGUCCUCGUUUAUUGGGGCGAUAGCGGUUGGCGAUUUAGUGAAAAGUACAUUGGGCCCGAAGGGAAUGAUUCUUCAAUCUUCGAGUAACGGGGAUGUGAUGGUUACAAACGAUGGAGCAACGAUCCUCAAGAAUAUAGCCCUUGAUAACGCAGCCGCAAAGGUGCUUGUCAACAUAUCUAAAGUGCAGGAUGACGAAGUUGGAGAUGGGACAACUUCCGUCUGUGUACUUGCAGCCGAAUUAUUACGUGAGGCCGAAAACCUUGUGAAUCAAAAAAUUCAUCCCCAAACUAUUAUUGAAGGUUACCGCAUGGCCAGCGCAGCAGCAUAUAAAGCAUUAGAAGCUUCGGCCAUUGACAACGGAGCUGAUCCCGAAGCUUUUCGAAAGGAUCUUAUAAAUAUUGCUCGAACAACGUUGAGCUCCAAGGUUUUAUCACAGGACAAAGAUUACUUUGCGAAACUUGCUGUCGAUGCAGUAUUGAGACUUAAAGGCAGCACAAAUCUUGAGCACAUCCAAAUUAUCAAGAAGUGCGGCGGAAGGCUUAUGGAUUCUUAUCUUGACGAAGGCUUUAUCUUGGAUAAAAAGAUUGGCGUCAAUCAGCCUAAAAGAAUUGAAAAUGCCAAAAUUUUAAUCGCCAAUACACCUAUGGAUACCGACAAAAUCAAAAUAUUUGGUGCGCGUGUACGAGUUGAUUCUACUGGAAAAUUAGCUGAGCUGGAAAGAGCCGAGCGGGAUAAGAUGAAGGAAAAAGUUGAAAAGAUUAAGGCCCACGGUAUUAAUUGUUUUGUUAAUCGACAGCUGAUCUACAACUGGCCUGAACAGCUUUUUGCGGACGCUGGUAUCAUAUCAAUCGAGCAUGCAGAUUUUGAUGGUGUUGAACGAUUAGCUUUGGUGACUGGCAGUGAAAUUACUUCCACUUUCGAUCAUCCUGAACUUGUAAAGUUGGGACAUUGUGAUCUUAUAGAAGAAGUGAUCAUCGGUGAAGAUAAGCUACUAAAAUUUUCUGGCGUCGCUGCCGGUGAAGCUUGCACAAUUGUGUUGCGCGGUGCUACGAAUCAACUCUUGGAUGAGGCAGAGCGAUCUUUACACGAUGCGCUAAGCGUUUUGACACAAACAGUUAAGGAAACACGUACAGUUUUUGGUGGCGGUUGCGCGGAAAUGUUGAUGUCCAAAGCAGUAGACGAAUUAUCAGCGAAAACAGCGGGAAAGAAAGCAAUUGCCAUGGAGUCCUUUGCCAAAGCAUUAAGACAGAUUCCCACUAUAUUGGCUGACAACGCAGGUUACGAUAGCGCGGAUCUUGUUGCCAGAUUGAGAGCAGCUCAUUACGAGGGAAAAUCAACAUGCGGAUUAAAUAUGUCCGAAAAUUCCAUCGGUGACAUGCGAGAAAUUGGUGUCACAGAAUCGUAUAAGCUUAAACGUCAAGUAUUGCUAAGUGCAUCAGAGGCGGCGGAGAUGAUCUUACGCGUUGAUGAUAUUAUUCGAUGCGCGCCACGGAGACGAGAACAAUAA